AUGAUUCGCUCAAAUAUCAACAACACUCCCUCGACACCACCUUACGACUACUCGAUAUCAAUGCACCCCCAUAGCCCAACCUCGAACUUCUCCGACAUCGACCACCACAAGAGUGCCUUCCGUCGUGUCUCACCCAUCUCUCUUUCCAUGCCAUCUCCCCCAGAACUGCUCCACGACAGCGAAGAAGACGACGAAGACACCAUCCCGACUCCGAGACUCUUUAGACCAAUCUCAAGUCCCUCUCGUCCUAUCAAAUACGAUCAAUCCGGUCGGCUUUCGAUUUAUCGUCCAAAGGCUAUCCCCCACCGAUCGCCAUCGAUCAUAGACGACGCUCUCCAGCAGACAGCCAUAGACCAAAGUGUGGUCUUUCAACUCAAUAUCCAGCGCUACCAAGACACACCAAACCAACACCCCAGUACACAUGCACAUGCACAUGCACAUUCAUAUGAACACGGAGCAAUAGAUCUCCAUAACCGUGGAAUGACCUGCACUCCAACAAUCAUCUGUGGAGAGUCUCUCUUGACAGCCUUGCGCAAACGAGUUGCUGCUGCCAGACAUAGCAAACUCAAGGCCAACAUUAACAAUCGCAAUCGAAUGGCCCCCGGGCGUCCUAGAAACACACCUGCGACUCGAAUCCGUAUCCCUAAGAGCCGCAAUUUUGAUGCCACAUCACCAACAUUCUCCCAACCCGCAAAACAAGAAAUAAUAACAUUUUCAUCAUCCCAAUCAUUAUUAUUAUCUACACCAACACCAACAUCAUCAUUAUCCUUUUUUACAUCAUCACCACAGUUAUCAACAACAACAUCAUCAUUAUUAUCAUCAGCAUCAGCAUCAGCAUCAGCAUCAUUAUUAUUACCCUUAUCAUCAUCUGUGUUGAUGUUCCCGUCCAAUUCAGACCUUACGAAUUCAGAAAUUUCUGGUCUGUCUUUGUCAGCAACACAAGGAUCCGGAAAUCAACAAAGCCUUGAAUCCGAGCCUCACCAUACUCCCCAAGUCCGCCGUCGUCCCUGGUUGGAUGAUGAUUGCAACAAUGACAAUGAUAUUGAGAACGAGAAUGAUAUCUAUUGUGAUAAUGAUAAUGAUAACGAUGAAACUUAUGAGGAAUCUGGAUCAGUAGUUUCGACCAAUAACUCAAACUCAAACUCAAACUCAAACCUAAACAGAAACAGAAAUAGAAAUAGAAAUAGAAAUAGAAACCGAAGCAGAAGUAACAGUAGCCACAGUAGCCACAGUAGCCACAGUAGCCACAGUAGCCAUCAUAGUUAUGAAACAUCAGCAAUAGCUGCCAACUCUUCUUCUUUGUCUUCGGCUGCUCCUACCAUGAGCCAAGACAUUCAAAAGCCAAGGAAUCGUAAGAAGCCUGUCUCGCCCCGCCAAUCCCAUCCUACAUCCGGCCGGCCGUCUCGUGUAAAGGGACCAUGUCAGGCCUGUCAAGAAACUUCUGAUGGGUGCAUGCGAAAGGCAUUCGACUGGCCAUUCCCUGCCACGUCUGUAUUCAAUGACAAGGGCAGACCAUUUGUGUAUCUCUGCAACAAAUGUGGACUUCGUCAUUAUAGAUACAACAAGAGUGGUGGAAGUGUCUGCCGCAGUUGCCGCUGGGUGUUCUGUAAAGAAGAAAAACGCAAGGCUGUGCAACACAUCGAUCAGAUGCGCAAAUCUCGACCUGAUGGACGUGUUGAUCCUGAGGAAGAAAUCGAACACUUUGUCUGCACACCGAAGUACUGGACCUGUGGCCGACCCUGGAAGGUUGGGUGGGUACUGAACAACAUGCCCGAAGAUGAUGUUGAUGAAGGAUCCCUGUCACCCAGACAUUCUCUUCCUUAA